GACUAUCAAGAUUCGCUUGACGCGACGAUUUCUCUUCUUUUUUCGGACUGGUGCCUUUUUUACAAUCAAUAACUGCUGGGCAGCCUUUUUUCCUUAAUUGUUUCAACACAAUCAUUUGAAAAUACUCAAUAUGUAUUUCUCCAACAUCGUUAUCGGUGCUCUUGCAGCUCAGGCCCUGUCUGGUGACAGAAGGCCGACUCCAGCGCUGGCUGGAAAGUUCGCGGCCUUGAUGGCUUCUGCAGCUCUACCAGUCUCUGGCGUGCCAGUGAUUGGCCUCAUCGAGCCCCGAUCCCCCGAGAUCUUGGUGCUAGGUGGUGGUGGUCAGCAGAACCAGGGCCAACAGGAUGGCAACGACGAUGCUCAAGACGAACAAGACGGCGAGAACGCACAAGAUAACCAGAACGGCGAAGACGGACAAAAUGGUGGGGGCAGACAAGGCAGAGGUGGUAGGAACGGCAACAACGGCAAUGGCCAAGGCAACGGACAGGACCAAGGCAACGGUCAAGAUAACGGCAAUGGUCAAGGUAAUGGCAAUGGCCAAGACCAAGGCAACGGAGGAAAUCAGGGCGACCAAGCCACUGCCACCGAGUCCCUUGCUACUGCUGUCGACACAGCCACUAACGUCGCCACGGAUGUCGGUGCCAUCCAGAGCCGCAUUGCCAACGAGACCGUAGUCACUCGAUCUCUUGGUCCCGGCCAGCUUGACCCAGGCCAGACUGAUGUUGUCAACACUCCUGGCCAGGAUGGUGGUGCCGCUGCCACUGAGACUGCUGCAGCUACUGAGACAGGUGCUGCUGGCGAGACCGAAGCUGCCGGUGACACUGCUGCCGUCACUGAAGCCCCUGCUGCUACCGACACUGCUGCCGCUACUGAUGGUGCCGCUGCUACUGUCACUGUCACCGCUACCGUUACCGUUGACAACGGUAAUGGUAAUGGUAAUGGUAACGGCAACGGUAACGGCAACGGAAGGGGAAGAAACAGGGAUAAGAACAACGGAAACAACGGCAACAAUGGCAACGCUGACCAGAACAACGGCAAUGGUGCUGCCGACGGGGGUAAUGCUCAGAAUGGAGACAACGCCCAGAACGGAGGUAACGGAAACGGUAACAAGGAUGCUGGCAACAACAACGGUAACGCCAACGACGGCGCUGCUAACGGCGACGCCAACGACGGCGCUGCUAACGGCGACGCCAAUGGUGGUGCUGCCAAUGGCAACAAGGGCAACGCUGGUAACAACGAUGGUGCCGCCGGUGGUGAUGCUGCUGCAGGAGGCGACGCUGCUCAAGGUGAUAAUGCGGGCGCUGACGCUGGACAAGGCGGUGCCAACGGUGGUGGCGCCGGAGGUCUUCUCGGCAGCAUCCUCGAGCGCUUGACAGGAGGAGCCGGUGCUGGUGCGGCUGCCGGUAACAACUAGACGACUCGUAUCAAGUUGCAAGAGGACUCUCUCGUAUGAUACUGGGAUUGACUGGUGCAGGACACCGGCGGGCAGGCCUGGGAUGAUAGAUUGGUUCUCGGUGUAGUGUAGUCAUAUGUACUAGUAAUCCAACCCGCUUC